AUGGACUUUACACUGUGUCUAUCUUUCCUGAUACUAUUGCCCACGGUUGCUAAGGCCACAACUGCCGAUGCUGCUUCUCUUUGCUACAGCUUCACUGUUGGCAAGUCAAGGUCUGAACCAUGGAGGUACAAAGUCCAAGGCCAACUGAACGAAGAGACUUUUCUUUCUUAUGACAGCAACAACUGCCAAGCCAUUGGUGUUUGGCAGAACCGACUGAAUGCCACAAAGAUCUGUGACAGACAGGUUGACACUCUGAAAGAUGGAGUUGACCUGUUCAAAGAACAAGUGGUUCACAUGAAGCAGGAGAAUAAGACAUUCAGAGAUGGACGUUUCAAUGGAUCCUGGGACUUUGGCCUCAAUGGACACAAAAUGGUUCAUGUUGACUCAAGCACUGGAGAGUGGACUGAAGUUGACCCUGGAUCCAGCUGGAUGAAAGAAAUGUGGGAGAAAAACAAGGAUGUAACAGACUUUUUAAAAAUGACCUCACAGGGGGACUGCAGGGCCUGGCUCGAAGAGAUACAGUCUCACUGGGAAGAGAAUCUGGAGCCUACAGCCUCAACAACUGCUGCUCCAGAUGUGAACCAGCCAACUUUGUCUCUGGCCAUCAAGCCCAGCAUAUCUGUCCCACUGAUAAUCCUCCCCUGCUCUGUUCUUCUCUGGUCUCUGAGGAGAAUUCUUGACAGUGAAGGUACUGAUGGCAGUGUUGUGAGUGGGAGGCCCAAUGACGAGAAUAUUGUGGAGCCCUCCCCUGAACAGCACAUCAUACAGAGCCCGUACAGACCGGCUCAACAUGACAUGAUGUCAGGGGAACGAGGAUCGCCCUCCACAUAG